UACAGGUCUGAACUACACAAUCUCCUAAAGCUAAUAUCCGAGUGUAACUUAUGGGGUAUAAAAACAUUACGCAGACUUUACCAUUUUAUUACAAAUUAUGUGUGAAAACGAAAGCUUCAUUUGCUGGCUAAUUCUACCCCUGUCUCCCCUACUAUUCAUUAAUUCAUAUCGAUUGCGAUUGAUAGCAAACAUGAAAAAAUUAACAGUGAAAGGUAUUUUUUGAAAAAGAUCAAACUUAAUCACAACGAUUUUACCCAUCCAUUACAUGGCGUUGACCUUACGAAUUUGAGCAUUUCGCGAAGUGUUUUCCACUUCGUCAUCUUUUUCUCAUGUUUUUUCUUCAUGAAAUAGGGACAAUUUGUGAUCUUUAAAUCAUUUAUCAUCACCCGAGAAAUGGCUAAUGCAAGAUCUUCCGCAACAACGGAUGCACCAUCGUCUAUCAUCCGCACGGGAUAUGUAUUGAUGGUGACCCAGUUGAUCCUAGGAGUGUUUGUUGUUGGAUUAUUUUGGUACAACAUCAAUGAAUACAAGGUCCUUUCUGAUAUGACCCCCAUCAGGUUGAUUUUCUUGGUCACCCCCGGAACUUUUAUCAUUGGCAAUUUUUGCUUUCUCUGUGCCAGUUUCAUCACAAUCAAAUCCGGAGGGAUCAUCUUCCGGACAAGCCUUGACUUGAUCUAUCACACCGUGGCCUUCAUAGCUUAUCUAGCGGCCUCCAUUGCCUUUUUCGUGGAGAUCUUGACAACUCUAUGGCCUUCAAAUUCGGUCUACAACUGCUAUCUAACAUCAUCAGUGAUUGGAAUUGUUGUAUCCGGACUCUAUUUCAUAAGUGCAUUCCUAACAUUUAAAUUCUACCGACAUGUCUAAAAUUUAAAGUAAGUUGUAGCACUAACAAAGGGGAGCUGGAUGAUUUUGCAUGUGACAGUUUCAUUCAUUAGAGCUUUAAACGGAAAAAUUAUUGUUCUUAUGCUGAAAAUACAUUUUUCCUACUAAAAACUAAAAGAAUAUAAAUAAAUUGAUAGUAUUACAACAAUGGAGCUAUAAAAAAGAUUCUCAAUUACGAAAUAUACGUUCUUUUUAAUACAAGAAUGUUGAAUGAAAAUUUAUAAACAAACAUUUGCCUUUAACACAGUCACAUAUUUCACACUGAGAAAAAAAGAGGGUG